AUGGACGACUUCAUGAGGGCAGCCUUCAAGGAGGCACGGCUGGGCGCAGAGGAAGGCGGUGUUCCUAUCGGUGCUGCCCUCGUAGAUGGUGAUUCGCUCGUAGCUACUGGGCGCAAUCGCCGUCUGCAAGACACCGCGCCGGUCAUGCACGCAGAGAUUAACUGUCUCUACAACGCUGGCAAAACCAUUCAAGACUUCGGCGGCAUGACGCUCUACUCCACGCUUAUGCCCUGCUACAUGUGCGCGGGCGCAGUCCUCCAAUUCGGCAUAACCAAGGUAGUAACCGCGGAAUCGAAGACUGCUAAUGAAGGGUUUGAGAUGAUGGUCAGGCAUGGUGUAGAGGUAAUCGACCUGGAUUUGGACGAAGCCAAGUCGCUGCUGGGAGAGUUCAUCCGAACCAAGCCUCACCAGUGGCACAGCCACCCGCCAAAAUAG